AUAUUUAUUUUUAAAAAUAAUUUCUACCACUGGUAGGUAUACUAAGUUCAUAAGGUCAUCGCGUUUCAAACACUUAUCUACGAUGUGUCAGAAUAAUCUACUUUUCUUGUUUUACAUAGCUAUUAGUUUCCAAAAAUGUUUGUUAGAACCAAGAACUGUUCAAGACUUCUCCAAAAGUGCCAAUGUUUUUUAAGACAAACAAUUACUGUAAGAAAUUACAGAAAAGUCGGGAUCAUUGGAGUACCUUUUGACAAAGGCCAGAAAAAGCAAGGCGUUGGGCUUGGUCCAGAUGCUAUCAGAAAGGCUGGGCUUAUCCAAGGAUUGGAGAGUAUUGGAUUGGAUGUAAAAGAUUACGGAGAUGUAAAAUAUGAAACAAAUUCGAAGGAAGGUAUCGAUAAUAUGGACCAUUUAAAUGAAGUAGCUGCUUGCACGUACAAAGUGUCCGAGAUGUUUGAGAAGGUACUAAAAGACGGAAGAACUCCAGUGACACUCGGUGGAGAUCAUAGCUUAACUGUAGGGACUGUCGACGCACAUGUCAAAUCCAAGGGUAGUAACAAUGUUGUCUUACUCUGGGUAGACGCUCACGCAGACUUAAAUACCAACAAGACGAGUAGCAGUGGUAAUGCUCAUGGAAUGCCUGUGGCGUUAAUCGCUUCCGAGUUGUCUGAUUACUGGCCUCAUUUGCCUGGGAUGGAUUGGCAGAAACCAAUGUUGUCAAUAAGGAACAUAGCAUACAUUGGACUGCGCUCAGUCGACAUGUACGAAAGAUUAGUGAUUGAAAAAUUUGGAAUCACCGCAUUUGGAAUCGACGAUGUGGAAAGACUCGGAAUUCAUCAGGUCGUUAAUAUGGCCUUGGAAAAAUUAGAUCCACAUUCUGAAAAGUCGAUCCAUGUGACUUUUGAUAUUGAUGCUUUGGAUCCACUCGAAGCUCCUAGCACUGGAACUUCUGUACGGGGAGGACUGACAAUCAGAGAAGGUAUCCAUUUACUGGAACAAGUGUACCGUACCGGCAGACUAAACGCCAUCGAGCUCGUAGAAGUGAAUCCCCUAUUGAGUGACGCUAAAGGUGCAGAAUUGACCGCUGGAGCUGCUGUUCUUCUUCUUCAAGCUGCUCUCGGGAACAACCGUCGCGGUCUCAGAGCUCCUGAAGGAAUCACAGACAUGCCGCUACAAACUUUUAAAUAAUUUAUCACGUUUUAUUGUCAUUUUUAACCCAUACAAUUUUACGUGGCUUUGUCAACACUUCUAAUAAAACUUUUUUUACUACA